AUGAUUAUAGAGUACCUGAACAAGAUAACUCAAUUAAUUCAUUAGGACAACGAGCAGCAGUUUAACAUCACUUAGCUGGGCUCUAAGAUAGUUCUCUCAAUGAACGAAAAGGUGAAUUAAGUCUACUAGAAUUCUCAGAGUAAAAAAUCUAAGAAAAAACUGCAAGAACAAAUCUUGAAUCAGACAAUGAACAGAAGUCAGACAUAAGAAAGUAGAAAUCUGUAUGAUAACUCUAAUCAUCUAGGAAUUCCAACAGAUAGUCAACACUCAGAUUUCCAAAGAAGACAGUCAAUAUUCAAAGCCAACAAUCAUCUUAAUUCCCAAUCAUCGGCCAAUCAAUCCAUAGAUUAAUCUCCAUUUAGAGGAGCAAGUCAAAACACCCUAGACCGAAAGCUGACUAAAAUUCAAUCAAAUGGGAAUCUGAUCUAGAAAUCAUCUAAAGAUAUGAUAAAUUCUUAACAAAAUAUAGACCCAAACUAGGUCUUCUAAACUGAGAUAAAUUAAGAGGGAUCUCCAUAGACUAUAGACAAUGAGUAGAGUUAGGAAAAACUGGUGAAAAAGAGGAAGAGAAAUGUGAUUCAAAGAAGGAAUAUAAAUAUGAAUCAGUCCAGUGUUAUCAAUAGCAAUCAGCUAAUCAACACUAGUGAUCAUUACUUCCAAUCCUAAAGUUUUAACAAUAGUAUGGUGAAGUCCUCAAAGCUCUCUGAUUAUGAUGCAUUAACUAGAUACAUGAGAGCUAGAGAGCUAGCAGAAUAAAAAGCUAAGGAGAAAAUAGACAGAUUAAACUUAUUGAUAGAUAAAUGGGAGAAAAAGGAUUCUAAGGCAAGAGAGAUAAUCAAUGAAAGUUUACUGGAGAAGAAGAUAAGGUUGGACUAAAUGAGUAAAAAGAGAGCAUAGGCUAAGCAAAAAUAUGAGAAGAAACUGGAAGAAAUAGAGUAGAAAGGAGUGAAAGAGUACUAAAGCUAUUUAAAGGAGUUAAGAGAGCCUACCAAUGGCUCAAAACUUUAGAUUAGAAAUAAAUUUGACUCUCCUGCUGUUAAUAACCACUAUCACAUUGGCCAUCAGGAUACAUCCUCAACUUAUCUAUUAAAUGAAGAUAAGAAGCUUGCCAAUAAUAAUCUCUCUAGACGAAAAAGUGAGACUAGUCUGAAGCUUGAGCUGUUAGAAAAGAAGAUUAAUCAAGGCAGAGAGAGGUCUUUCCUCAUCAAGCAAGAGGUAAUGAAGAGAACUGAGAGAUUUAUGGGUGAGAAGAGCAUCAGCGACCUUAGAUGGUCUUAGAUGAUAAAUAGAUCUCCUGAGAUUAAGAUUUAGAUGGAGUAAGAUGUAGCAAGCAAGCUUUCUUAGUAUCUAAAGAAGAUGCAGAAGCACGAUUAGAUAAUGACUUAGAAGAGCGAGGACCAGAGAUACCAGAUGGAGGCCAUCCGCUAGAAGUAGAUUCAGAAGUUCGAUGCUUAGCUUUAAAUUAAGAAGGAGUACGAAUCCUAGCUAGAUAGGAAGCGAAGACAUAUUGAGCAGUCUCGGCUUAGGAAGGACGAAAAUGUAGACUAAGUCAAGUAUGAGAGUGAAAUACAGCAGCUGAUUAAGAUUGAGACCUCGAAGUUGAAGACUCAAGACCUGAAGGAGUAAUACGAAGAAGUGAUUCUAAACCAAAAGAUGCGAAAGGAGAAGAUCAUUAAGAAGCAUCUGUAGAUGAAUCAGAAGAUUAUGAGUCACAAAAACAGCAAUCAAAGUGGCUAAGCAGGAUUGCCAAGCACCAAUAAGUCUACAUAUACAACGAUAACGAGGUAGCAAGAUGAACUGAGGAGAUUUCUGCAGAUGAGGAAUCAUGCUUCGCCCUAUGAUGAGAUGAAGCAGAAGUACUUGAAGAGUAUGGUUAGUGGGAAAGGCAAAAAGAAUAAGAAGGCCUAGUAUGAUUCCUUUCUGGAGUAGUCUAGUGAUAACAUUAAUAAUAAUCAUUGA